UUAUCUCGACUAAUUAGAAGCGUGUAUAAAAGGUUUGUUAGAUGGUUUUUGGCACAAACAGAACGAACAAGCCAAAUGAAACACAAGUUUUAGUUAAGUGCGAACGAAACGAUAUUUAUGUAACAAUGAAGAUAACAAUUCUGCUAUUUAUUGUGGGUAUUUGCCUAGUUAGUGCGAAGCAUCUUCCUUAUGAAUCGGACGAUUCCAACGGCGUAUUAUUAAGAGAUAAAAGGUCAGAUUCUAACGAGUCUGACUCAUCCUUUGAGCAGAGCAGUGAUGAUGACGAUUCAAUUGAAAGGAAAAUUAAAGAGAGAGAGGAUAAACUACGCGAGAAGGCAGAAAAAGAACAAAAAAAGGUAUUAGAACGAGAGGAAAAGGAGAGACGUCGAGAAGAAGAACGUCAAAGAAAACUUCAAGAGAAACUUGAAAAGGAACGACGUAAACAAGAAGAAUACGAACGGAAGCUUGAGGAGAAGCGCCUAAAAGAAGAGAAGAAAAGACAAGAAAAGCAAAUAAAUGAAUUGAAAAAGGAAGCUAAAAGGUCAGAAAUAGAAGACGAUAGUUUCCUUGAGACUGAAGAAGAAAACUCAGUUGAACUUGAAGAUAUAUGGAGACAGCAUAUUUACACCAAAUACGGCUUAAACUUUGCUAGCACUAGAUUAGAAAAACAGGCAGCAUUGAAUAAAUAUAUUCAGGAAGAACUGAAACUACAACCUAAUAGUACCAAGACUGAACGUCGUCGCGCGAUAUUAGAUUUGAUCCAAACUAAACUCCAAAAUGAUAUUGCUGAAAGGGAGGCGAUUCGCAAACAAAUAUUGAGUCACGUCAAUGCAGUAACAUUACAAAAAUUACGCGAAGGUUUAGAAAAAGACAUAGAUGAAAUAAAUAACAAAACAGAUUUACUGAAAAACGUUCAAUUACCGUGGGCCAUUCCUGUUCAACAGAAACUCGAAGAAAAGAAAACAUUUUUGCAAGGUUUAUCCCAAUUUUUAUCGAACAUUCUUCCUAGCUGGAUUUCUGGAAACCAGCCCCAAACAAAUUCUCCAACGAAUGAAAAUGGAAGUCAAAGUAUUAAUUCAAAUAAUGAUGCCAUUGAGUCUUCUGGAAAUGGUGAAAUAUCUAGUGCUGGAAAUGAAAAUAGUGGAUCUCCAGCUCCAUCCAGCUCUAUCCCAGCCUCACAAGCAAAUGAUCCUGCAGCUUCUGCAUCUAAUGUAGCAGGACUGCCCGAGGGAUCUGUAUCUCAAGUAAACCUAGGAGCUCCAUCCAGCUCUGUCGACUCAGCUGUCAGUAGUGUAAGCAACCCAGCCUCACAAGCAAAUGACGCUGCAGCUUCUGAAUCUAAUGUAGCAGGACUGCCCGAGGGAUCUGUAUCUCAAGUAAACCCAGGAGCUCCUUCCAGCUCUGUCGACUCAGCUGUCAGUAGUGUAAGCAACCCAGCCUCACAAGUAACCGAUGCUGCAGCGCCUGAAUCUAAUGUAGGAGGACUGCCUGAAGGAUCUGUGUCUCAAGUAAAUGCACAAGCUCCAUCUGGCUCUGUCGACUCAGCUGCCAGUGGUGUUAGCAACCCAGUCUCACAAGCAAAUGAUCCUGCAGCUUCUGAAUCUAAUGUAGCAGGACUGCCCGAGGGAUCUGUAUCUCAAGUAAACGCAGGAGCCCCAUCCAGCUCUGUCGACUCAGCUGUCAGUGGUGCAAGUAACCCAACCCAACAAGCAAAUGAUCCUGCUGCUUCUGAAUCAAAUGUAGGAGGACUGCCUGAAGGAUCGGUAUCUCAAGUAAACCCAGAAGCUCCAUCCAGCUCUGUCGACUCAGCUGUCAGUAGUGUUAGCAACUCAGCCUCACAAGUAAACGAUGCUGCAGCGCCUGAAUCUAAUGUAGCAGGACUGCCCGAGGGAUCUGUGUCUCAAGUAAAUGCACAAGCUCCUUCUGGCUCUGUCGAUUCAGCUGCCAGUGGUGCUAGCAACCCAGCCUCACAAGCAAAUGAUCCUGCAGCAUCUGAAGCUAAUGUAACAGGACUGCCUGAGGGAUCUGUAUCUCAAGUAAACCCAGGAGCUCCAUCCAGCUCUGUUGACUCAGCUGUCAGUAGUGUUAGCAACUCAGCCUCACAAGUAAACGAUGCUGCAGCGCCUGAAUCUAAUGUAGCAGGACUGCCCGAGGGAUCUGUGUCUCAAGUAAAUGCACAAGCUCCUUCUGGCUCUGUCGAUUCAGCUGCCAGUGGUGCUAGCAACCCAUCCUCACAAGCAAAUGAUCCUGCAGCUUCUGAAUCUAAUGUAGCAGGACUGCCCGAGGGAUCGGUAUCUCAAGUAAACCCAGGAGAUCCAUCCAGCUCUGUCGACUCAGCUGUCAGUAGUGUUAGCAACCCAGCCUCACAAGUAACCGAUGCUGCAGCGCCUGAAUCAAAUGUAGCAGGACUGCCUGAAGGAUCUGUGUCUCAAGUAAAUGCUCAAGCUCCAUCUGGCUCUGUCGACCCAGCUGCCAAUGGUGCUAGCAACCCAGCCUCACAAGCAAAUGAUCCUGCAGCUUCUGCAUCUAAUGUAGCAGGACUGCCCGAGGGAUCGGUAUCUCAAGUAAACCCAGGAGCUCCAUCCAGCUCUGUCGACUCAGCUGUCAGUAGUGUUAGCAACCCAGCCUCACAAGUAACCGAUGCUGCAGCGCCUGAAUCAAAUGUAGCAGGACUGCCUGAAGGAUCUGUGUCUCAAGUAAAUGCUCAAGCUCCAUCUGGCUCUGUCGACCCAGCUGCCAGUGGUGCUAGCAACCCAGCCUCACAAGCAAAUGAUCCUGCAGCAUCUGAAGCUAAUGUAACAGGACUGCCUGAGGGAUCUGUAUCUCAAGUAAACCCAGGAGCUCCAUCCAGCUCUGUUGACUCAGCUGUCAGUAGUGUAAGCAACCCAGCCUCACAAGUAACGGAUGCUGCAGCGCCUGAACCUAAUGUAGGAGGACUGCCUGAAGGAUCUGUGUCUCAAGUAAAUGCAGAAGUUCCAUCCAGCUCUGUCGAUUCAGCUGCCAAUGGUGUAAGCAACCCAGCCACACAAGCAAAUGAUGCUGCAGCUUCUGAAUCUAAUGUAGCAGGAUUGCCUGAGGGAUCUGUGUCUCAAGUAAAUCCACAAGCUCCAUCCAGCUCAGUCGACUCAUCUGCCAGUGGUGUUAGCAACCCAACCCAACAAGUAAACGAUGCUGCAGCGCCUGAAUCUAAUGUAGCAGGAUUGCCCGAGGGAUCUGUGUCUCAAGUAAAUCCACAAGCUCCAUCCAGCUCAGUCGACUCAUCUGCCAGUGGUGAUAGCAACCCAGCCACACAAGCAAAUGAUGCUGCAGCUUCUGAAUCUAAUGUAGCAGGAUUGCCUGAGGGAUCUGUGUCUCAAGUAAAUCCACAAGCUCCAUCCAGCUCAGUCGACUCAUCUGCCAGUGGUGUUAGCAACCCAACCCAACAAGUAAAUGAUGCUGCAGCUUCUGAAUCUAAUGUAGCAGGAUUGCCUGAGGGAUCUGUGUCUCAAGUAAAUCCACAAGCUCCAUCCAGCUCAGUCGACUCAUCUGCCAGUGGUGUUAGCAACCCAACCCAACAAGUAAACGAUGCUGCAGCGCCUGAAUCUAAUGUAGGAGGACUGCCUGUGGGAUCUGUGUCUCAAGUAAAUGCAGAAGUUCCAUCCAGCUCUGUCGAUUCAGCUGCCAAUGGUGUAAGCAACCCAGCCACACAAGCAAAUGAUGCUGCAGCUUCUGAAUCUAAUGUAGCAGGAUUGCCUGAGGGAUCUGUGUCUCAAGUAAAUGCAGAAGUUCCAUCCAGCUCUGUCGAUUCAGCUGCCAAUGGUGUAAGCAACCCAGCCACACAAGUAAAUGAUGCUGCAGCUUCUGAAUCUAAUGUAGCAGGAUUGCCUGAGGGAUCUGUGUCUCAAGUAAAUCCACAAGCUCCAUCCAGCUCAGUCGACUCAUCUGCCAGUGGUGUUAGCAACCCAACCCAACAAGUAAACGAUGCUGCAGCGCCUGACUCUAAUGUAGGAGGACUGCCUGAUGGAUCUGUGUCUCAAGUAAAUGCAGAAGUUCCAUCCAGCCCUGUCAAUUCAGCUUCCAGUGAUGUUAGCAACCCAGCCCAAGAAGUAAACGAUGCUGCAGCAGUUGUAAGUGAAAAUUCAGCAGGCUCCGUAUCACAAGGAAGUUUAGUCGGCCAAGCUACAUCAGAAAAAGUAUUAAUUAAUUCAACUCCUACAGAUUUAGUGCAGUCAAAUGGAAAUGCUAAACCGGAGAGUACAACAGACACGUACGCAACUGUAGUACCCGAAGCCAACGGGGCGGUAACGGAGGAUAAAAAUGCAGUGAUUAAUCAAAAUGCUGUUGAAUCCCAAACGGAGACAGCUGGUGUUGUGACAGAAUCUCAAUCAGCCACCAAUGUCGUACCAUCCGUGCAAAGUGAAUUAAAUACAAAGGCUCCCCAAGCUGCAAUCACUGAAUCUGAACCUUUGACUCCAGUUGAUUAUGUUUUAGAUAGUUUUACAGUAGAACCUGAACCUGGAGCUACUGUAGUAGAAGUUGUUGCGCAGUAAAAAAUAAUAGGAAUCAAAAAAUAUGUAAAUAAUAUUUGGAGUAUGUAACUGAACAGUAUGAAAACUUAAAUGUAUUAAAUAAUUACCAAUA